AUGGGGUCCAGCAAUCUUCCCACAGCACUGCUGCUGCUCCAGCUCACCCUGCAGAUGCAGCUCCUCCACGCAGGACCAGAGUCUGGAGCCUCUUUCUUUGGAGACGGCUACAUGGAGAUGCCCUUGGUGGAGGCGUACAGCACAGUCCAGCUCCACCUGCAGUUUUCAACAAGCCAGCGGAGUGGGCUCCUCUUCCUGGCUGCGGGACAGACUGACUAUCUCCUGGUGGAGCUCCGCUCCGGCGUCCUGCAGGUCAGACUAGAGCUGGGCUCAGAAGAAGUGACGAUCCAAUCUCCAGCAGGGCCACGCCUCAAUAAUCUAGUAACCCAUGAUGCUGAGCUGUCGGUGGGAGAUGGUAGGAUGACUCUGACCGUGGAUGGCCUCUUUAACACCUCUGUGGAGAUCCCAGGUCCCCUACAGCGGCUGGACAUUCAGUACGGCCUCUAUGUGGGCGGGACAGGGAGUCUGGAGCUGCCAUACCUCCCUGGGUCCAGCUCUCCAUUCAGAGGCUGCCUCCAUAUGGCGAAGUUCAAUGGCCUCGAUGUUCUCUCUCCGUGGGCAUCUGAUGUUGGCUCUACAAUGUUCCACGAGGUUCGAGAGGGGUGCAGCGAGGAGUUCUCUGCCGGGCCAGAUGACCCCUUCGGCUUCCUGGGCCCACGCUCUUAUAUCGCUUUCCCGGGGUGGAGCGCGAGGGAAGAAGGGACUAUCGAGUUUGUGAUCGUGACGAGCAUCAAGCACGCCCCCCUGAUCUACCAGUCGGGGCUGCAGAAUGACUUCCUGUACCUGGAGAUCUACGACGGGCGCCUGAGGGGGGUGGUGGAGAAAGGCAAUGGGGCCGUCAUCCUGCACAAUAACAUCUUCAUCAGUGACGAGCAGCAGCACUACGUGAAGCUCCAAGUGGACAUCUACAAGUUUGAGAUCCUUGUCGACUACUAUGCCUCGAGGACUUCCAACAGGGGCAUCCACAGCUACCUCGAUCUCCAGGGCAGCCUCUUCAUCGGCGGCAUGAAUGAAAAUGCCUCCCACAGGCUAAAGGAACGCCGGCUUGCUUUCACUUCAGGGGGCAGCACUGCCAACAGCUCCUUCGUUGGCUGCAUGGAGGACCUGAGGGUCAACCUGGAGAAGAAGAGCCUGCAAGACGCUCUGGUCACAAAGGACAUAACACCCGGCUGCAGGAUGCAGGAGCAGUACUCAGAUUAUGAGGACGCAUAUGAGCGGGACGAGGCACCCAUCAUCCCAACUCCUGAUAUUUGGCAGGGAGCAUUAGGCCCGGUGGUAGAACCAUGCCACCUUGACCCCAACCUCCCUCCCGCCUUUGCUAACUUCACCAAAUUGCUGCACGUCAGCCCCUUGGUCGUAGCUGAAGGAAGCACGGCCUUCCUGGAAUGGCAACAUACCCAACCUACAAUAGACCUAAGCAGCGCAAAUAUCAGACAGUCUCAAGUCCUCUUUAGUGUCACAAACGAACCCAGGCAUGGCCAGCUGGAACUAGACAUCCACGGCUCUAGGAGCAGAAGGAAAUUCACAUUGCUAGACAUAGUGAAUCGGAAAGUCAAGUAUGUUCAUGAUGGCUCCGAGGGUCCCAUGGAUCAGCUGAUGCUGGAGGUAACUGUCACGACCCGAAGGGGGAUUCCUGAGUGUUUAUGGCAAGGCCAGACAUACCUGCUGCCAAUAAAGAUCAACCCCAUCAAUGAUGCCCCGCAGGUGAUCUUCCCCCACGGAGACCUCAUGGUGAUUCUGGAGCAUACGCGAAAGCAUCUAAGCACGGACAUCAUCCAGGCCCUUGAUGACGACACACCCUGUGACAGUCUGAAAUUCCAGCUGCUUGGAGGCAAGAGGAUGGAAGAAGGUUACGUGGAAUAUGACUUUAAGCCUGGGGUGCCCACAGAAGAGUUUUCCUGCAGGGACCUGGAAGCGGGCAACAUGGUCUACGUCCACCAGAACGGCCCAGCGUUACAGGUCAUCUUCCAAGUUAGCGAUGGCUUGGUAAGAAGCCCGGUGGCCACUUUAAGAGUCAUCGCUAUAGAGCCUGACAUCCAAGUGCGCAACAACACUGGCCUGUUUGUCUCACAAGGAAGUGCCGUUCCAGUUACCACAGCCAACCUCUCCGUGGAGACCAAUGCCGUGAAACAAAGAGUGAACAUCCUGUAUCGCCUCACAGAGCCUCUCUGGUAUGGCGAAGUUCAGAAGCAAGGGAGCAUGGGAGGGGAGUGGAAGAGAGUUGAGUCCUUCCACCAGCAGGACAUUGUGCAAGGGCGCAUACAGUACUUCAGCCUGGAUCCUGAGCACCAUCUGGAAGAUGUAAUGGAGAAGCUGAGGUUUGAGGUCCAAGUUGGCCAGAAGACCUUACCAAACAACACUUUCCUAAUCAGGAUCAAGAAGGCCACCAUCAAGAUGAGGACCCUGGUCCCCCUUCAGAUGAAGAAUAAGCGGCACCAAAACAUCACCACCAGGGAAAUGGAAGCAGUAUUGGAGGAUCCAAGCUCUGACCCAGUUUCCUUCUACUACAUGAUAAUCCAGGCACCCAAAAAGGGGAACCUUGAGCUUCUCGGUAGCAGGCUGACAGAGGGCUUUGGAUUUACCCAACAGGACUUGCAGAGAAAACACCUAAGCUACAGUGCAACAAUCAGAAACUCUAAAGAGACUGAGGACUCUUUCCAGUUCCGUGUCAUUGCUGAUGCCCAGUAUUCCCCCAUGUACACCUAUAUGAUAAGCAUUGGGGGUGACCCAGAUGCACCUGUCCUGACCAAUGUCCUUCUAUCUGUCCUGGAAGGAGGGCAGGCUGUCAUCUCCAAGGACCACCUGUUUGUGAGGAGUUUGAAUAACAUGGACUACCUGUAUGAGGUGAUUGAAGGGCCGACGCAUGGGAAGCUGGUCUGGAGGACACCAUCCAACUGGCCUUCCUUCAUAACAGAGUUCACCAAUGAGGACAUUCUCCAGGGCAGGCUUCUGUAUCAGCAUGACAACUCUGAGACCACAGAGGAUGAUAUCCCAUUUGUGGCCGUCAAGCAGGACGAGGGUAGUGCUGACUCUGAUGCGGAGGAGGUGAGAGGUGUCUUCAGAGUCUCCAUCCAGCCCAUCAAUGACCACCCGCCAGUCCAGGUAGUGAGCAAGGUCUUCAACGUAGUGCGGAACGGGCAGCGCCUGUUGACCACCAAUGACAUCGCCUUCACAGACCAGGACUCCGGAUUCUCUGACACACAGCUGGUGCUGGUGAGGAAGGACAUUCUCUUUGGUAGCAUCAUUUCCAUUGAUGACAGGAGCCGCCAGGUGUAUCGCUUCACGCAGGAUGACUUGAGGAAGAAGAAGAUACUCUUUGUCCAUUCCGGAGCAGACCGGGGCUGGAUACAGCUGCAGGUCUCUGAUGGCCUGCACCAAACUGCAGCCCUCCUGGAAGUACAGGCCUCGGACCCCUACAUCCAAAUUGUCAACAACACUGGCUUAGUCAUCCACCAAGGGAGCCAGGAGACCAUUGACUCCUCCAUCCUCAGCCUGGAGACCAACAUGGACAUAAGGAACGACGAGGAAAUCUGGUUCCAGAUUACUACCCCGCCAAGGUGGGGGGUGGUGCUGAAAGGGGGCCAGCCAGUGACUUCCUUCUCCCAGAAGGAUCUGCUGGCAGGAGAAGUGAUCUAUCAGCACAACAGCAGCAGGAAUGCCAAGGACAAGUUCCAGUUCUCUGUGGAAGCUAAUCAGGUGGCUGUGGAAGACACGCUGGAGAUCACUGUGUUCCUGGAUACCCAUCCUAGUCCCCUGACCAUCAUCCACCUCAAGAAGAUACACAUCUUCCAAGGAGAACCAGUUGAGAUUAAGAAAGACUAUUUACUGGUAGUUCACGAGGACAUCCCUCCUCAGGAGAUUAUCUACUCGGUGACCAGUCCCCCGCGCUUAGGAUCCCUGAUGAUGGUUUACCACAGCGGCACCUCCAACGAGCCUCCCAUCUUGAACCCCAUUCAGUCCUUUACCCAGGAGGACAUCAACGAAAGCCAAGUGCUCUACCUGCACUCUGGGCCUGAGGGGCAGAGCGACCAGUUCACCGUGGAUGUCACGGCUAGUGGGGUAGAGACCCUGGAGGGGAUUGUGGUGGACCUGGAAGUCCUUCCCUUUUCAGUCCCCCUGGACAUCCACAACAUCACAGUGACUGAAGGGAGCUCCAUAACCCUCUCCACAGACAUCCUGACCAUCCCCAGCGCCUAUUUCACAGCCCUGAAUGUGGAGUUCAUGGUUCCUGAGCCCCCGAGACACGGCGUCAUCCAGAACAUGGUCAGACCUGAGGAGGGCAACCUGCACUUCUUCACCUGGAAUGAGGUGGAGCAGCAGCUCAUCCAGUACGUGCACGACGGCAGCGAGUCCCUGGCCGAUAGCUUCACCAUCGUGGCCAACGCCUCCGAGGUCAACCGGCAGAGCCAGCCCAAGGCCGUCUCCAUCACUGUCGUGCCACGCAAUGACGAGGGGCCCACAAUCACCAUCAACGCCGGGCUGCAGAUGCAGGAAGGUACCACCGCAGAGAUCACUCCCGAUAUCCUGAGAAGUGAGGAUGAGGACUCCCCUCCAGAGGAAGUGGUUUAUUCCAUCAGGCCCCCAGCCAAUGGGAAGGUUGUGCUGAGGUCGUCUCCUAGCAACGGGAUCCUGCAGUUCACUCAGGCUCAGAUAAAUAGUGGACUUGUUCAGUUUGUGCAUGAAGGACCCCUUGAUGGUGGCUUCUCCUUCAAUCUAUCUGAUGGCGAGAACAUCUCCCCCAGGCAUUUCUUCACUGUGAGUGCCCAGAAGAAGCUGGUCAUCACCUUGGAAAACAAACAGGAUCUCACUCUGUGUCCAGGGACCCUUCAGCCAAUCACAAGCCAGAAUUUGAAAGCAGUAACCAACAGCAAAGCAGAUUCCCGUCCCUUAUUUUACAGCAUAGAGGAGCCCCCACAACUGGGCAGGCUGGUGAAAUACCAUCUGGGCAGUGCCAGUGGGCCACUGGAGAACUUCACCCAGGCUGAGGUGGAUAGAGGAAUAAUUUUUUACCAGCACGACAUGCCUCAGCAGCCAUUCUGGUUUACCCAGGAUGCUUUUCACUUCCAAGUCUCCUCCCCACCCACAGUAACCAAUUCAAACGUCCUCGGAGUGCUGGUCUCAUUCGAGGCAAGCUGUCCCCACCCCUCAACGAAGCUGUGGAGAAACCAAGGCCUCAGGAUCCUGGAAGCUCAAAGAGCGCAAAUUGACACCUCAGUGCUGGAUGCUUCCAACCUGUUGACCAAAGUUCCGGAGUCCAAGCGGGCAUCCUAUGAUGUAGUGUUCCUAGUUACGGAGCUGCCCACCCAUGGGCACCUUUCUCUUGCAGACGUACCCAUCAGCGAAGAGCAUCCCUACUUCCUGCAGUCUGAUGUGGUCGUGGGAAACCUGCAAUAUGCUCACCGUGGGUCUGGGACCCGGGAAGAUAAUUUCAGAUUUAAGGCUUGGCUGCGGCCUAGGGCUAUGGAGUCUACUCGGCCUCCACAGGAAGGAGGGGGAUUGGUCAUUUCUGAAGCAUUCAACAUAACAGUGAGCGAGAUCAAUGAGAAACCACCUCGCCUCGCAAAGCAAGGCCAUGCUCUGCAGGUUCUCCAUGGCUCCUCAGCGGUGCUCUCCCAGGAUCAUUUGGAUGUUAUAGAUCCUGACAGUUCCCCGGAAGAGGUUGAAUACAGAAUCCUCAAGGGGCCAUCCAAUGGCUUCCUGGCCAACACACACAACAAACAGGUGCCUAUCAGUCAGUUCACCCAAGCAGACAUCAAUGCCGGGCACCUAAUAUUCAUCACCAAUGGGAGUGGUUCUCCUGGGUCCUUAGAGUUCAGCAUCUCCGAUGGGCAUAAUCCACCCAUCUUCACUUCUCUGGAGAUUGAGGUUCUGCCUGAAGUAACCACAGUGAUGAGCCAGAUACCCCUGGAAAUACCCCAGGGCCUAAACAUUGCUUCGCUGUCCCGAGAGCACCUCCUGGGGGCAUCACACCCAGGGGAACAAGAAGUCCAUUACACAAUCACCAGGGAUCCAAAAUUUGGCCAGUUGAGGGUCAAUCAAAGCCCAGCGAGAAGCUUUUCCCAGAAGCAAGUGGACAAUGGUGAAGUGACUUUUACUUUCACAGAUUUCACCUCUGCCAAAGAUGAAUUCCAGUUCCUCUCAACGUCCAAAGGAGCAAACACAUCGGGGGGAGUGAAUGUGACAGUCAAGGCCUUGGUCAGGACAUGGCAGGGGAUUCGGUGGCCGAGGGGAACCACCACCCUUCUGGACACCAGGGUCCUUGAUGCCAGUGAGCUGGCCAACAAGACAAAGAGCAUCCCAGCUUUUACAAUCCUCAGAGCCCCCCAGGGCAGCCAUUUUGUGAAAAUCUCAGGAGACAAAGAGAGUCAGCAUGCGCCCACAGAUACCUUCACCCAGCACGACCUCGAGCAGGGGCUGGUCGGGCUGCAAGUUCUGGAAAUGGAAGAUGCUGGCCACCACUUGUUGAAUGACAGCUUUCUGUUCGAGCUGGCAGCUGAUGGGGUGCCACCCGCCUUGGAAUUUCUGGGGUAUAGCACAGAGCCGUACAACUCCUCCACGCCAUACGGAACCCCGCUACUCAGAGCCCCCCACCUCCCGGAGACGAGUGACAGGCAAACGCCCCAAGAGGUGAGCUCCUCCUCACAAACACUGGCCACCCAGCCCCAGGGCUCUGACCAGCUGAGCCACAACACCAGCAAGUAUGACAUGCUUCCAACAGCCUGGGGGGGCCACGAAGCUACCACCAGCCCCUCUCCCUUGGAGGGGGGCACAUUCCUCAGCUUCAUUGAAGCCAACAUGUUCAGCGUGAUCAUCCCAAUCUGCCUGAUCAUCCUCCUCCUGGCAUUAAUCCUUCUCCUGAUCUUUUAUCUCCACAAACGCAACAAGACCGGGAAGCACAACGUCCAGGGGACAACUUCCAAACCCAAGAAUGGGGCAGUGGUCGACCAGGAAACCUUCCGCAAGACUGACCCGAACCAAGCCAUUCCUUUAACGACUGUGAACCCUCUGGAGGCCAAAGGAUCGGGGCCCACAGGCAAAGGGCCAGGAGGGCAGCAGGACCCCGAGCUACUUCAGUACUGCAGGACAUCCAACCCCGCCUUAAAAAAUAACCAGUACUGGGUCUGA